GUAGAUUUAGUGUUAGUAGUUGUGUUUACAGAAAACCGUACAUUCUAGACAGCAUUUAAGAGUAAGCAAAAAUGUUUUCUUGCGGGAUCAGUUAAAAAUGAGUGGCCAUCUAGUUCAAAAUCAGUAAACUUAUGUCGGUUCAGGUCUAAAUUUAAUUAUGAUCAGCGGACAUAUUUUGUGUUUUGGCUAACCGAUUAUGCCUCGAAUACACGCUUUCAAUGCAAGCAGAGUAUAUAACCAGUCUGCGAGCAUUUGAUUUAGUUUUAUACGCGGCGUAAGAGAGAACAGACUGAAAGUAAUGCAGUCCCCUAAAAGAUUACUUACAGAUAAGCUGCUCGUUCUGCUGAUUCUGCUUUACAGUUCGAUUGCAGGCAUCUGGUCGUAUAAGGUGCCUGCUGUUAAAGUGGACCCAUUGGUAAACGGGUUUCGUGUGUCCAUACCAGACGAGCAUGGCAUUAAAAGUGUGGCUUUUAAUGUGAAUCGUAAUCGAAAUUUUACGGGCUUUGAGGAAGGCGAGUUUAGCGCUCAAGUACGAGAGUCACAGGAUGCACUUUGGAAAUAUGAUUUUAAGCGAGUCCAUUUAAGGGCACAUGAUACGCUUUAUAUAUGGACUAGCGUACAACAUGGAAACGCCAUAUUUCGUGAUCAAGGUCAGCCGCUGCAGGUUUGUCAACUAAAUGGCGUUAAUUUGCCCACGGACUGCUUGAAGAACCCUAAUCUGAAAGCAGAAUCAGCAACAGAAAAACGCAAUUUAAUUAACAGGGAAUCACCUUCAACGUCUUGUACGAAGAGCGAAACGGUGAUGUCAUCCCCACCAACUAAUCCGCUUUGCAAAGGUCAAUUAAUUUUCGAGGAGAACUUCGACCAAUUAAACGAGAGCCGUUGGCUUCACGAUGUGCGAGCCCCACUUGACAGUACCGAUGCUGAAUUUGUGUUGUAUGAUGGAAAGGCACGUGUUCUUGACGGCCAACUGCUCAUCGAGCCAAAGCUGUGGUCCAGUUAUCGCCCUGAUUUGCACAUAACAAAUGCUCAGUUAGAUUUAUCUGACCGCUGCACAGGCACACACAAUAGGCAAAAGGAGUGCGUACUGCUAACAAGUGGACCACAUAUUAUGCCGCCAGUUGUGGUUCCCCGGUUGAGCACCAAAGAAUCUUUUGCCUUUAAAUAUGGCCGCAUCGAUAUACGCGCGAAACUCCCCAAGGGCGAUUGGUUGGUGCCGCUAUUGCUGUUAGAGCCGCUCAUGGAGGCAUAUGGUCAAAGUGGCUAUGAAUCUGGUCAAUUGCGUGUGGCCAUGAGUCGUGGUAAUCAACAGCUACGUCUCCCACAUGGUAAGCUCAUCGAUGGUCGCACUAUUUUUGGCGGCGCCGUACUCUCGACUGAAGCUUCUCAACGCGAAGAUUUUAUGGUUCAACAGCGACGCAGUGUACAUUUUGGCGACGAUUUUCACUUAUACAGCCUUACAUGGAGCAGCCAAAGCUUGCGAUUUUCAAUUGAUGGUCAAGAGUAUGGUGAACUAUUGACGGGUUUCGCGGAAUCUAACCUAAAUCCUAGCUGGCGUCGGGGAAGUCCUAUGGCGCCCUUUGAUCGAAUGUUUUACAUCACUUUUGGCCUCUCAGUAGGCGGAUUCGGGGAUUUUGUGGAUAAGUUGCGCACUUCUACCUUUGAGAAGCCUUGGAUCAACAAACACCCACAAGCUAAACUUCAUUUUUGGCAGAGCCAGGAUCAAUGGUUACCCACAUGGAAGCAACCGAAGCUAUUGGUCGAUUAUGUUAAAGUUUAUGCAAUUUAAUAUAUAAUGUUAUUUCUAUCAUAAUAUAAAUUAAAACCAUUAUUCUCAGUUUAAGUUAUAGCAAUGCCUGUCUGCAUUCAAAAUAGGUUCCUAUUACUCUGUUCCAUUGGCAAUGUUAAUAGCCUAUAAAAAUACAUAUGUAGAGAAUUAAAACACUAAAGCGAUAUUUUUUAAACAAAUAAGAAUUCUCGAGUUGCAAACAUUCUAGCUUCCUCAGGAGGGAUUACAGCAUUAAAUUACAUAUAAUCCUUUCAACUGAUUGCAGCUCAAAACAUUUGGAAAAUGCGGUACAGUCUCAUAUGACAUUGCAUCAUCGAGAUUAAGGGGCUGAAUAGAGCUGACACCAGCGAGACAACACAUACCAGAGUCUAAUGGAUACGAAGAAUUUUUUUUAUGCGUUUUCCAAAAAAGUGGAAUAACAAAAGAGCUUUUACCAUAAAGCCUUUUUAAUAAUAUAUUCAACAGUCACUGACGUACCAGAUAUAUUUUUACCCAAAUUGCCAUAUCCCAAAUAGGUUAUAUAUAGUUUUAAUCGCAGGUUGACUACUCAAGAAAAUGUAAAGUGUCCAGCUACGGUCCUAAAACGUUUAUCCAAAAUAUCUUAAUACGUUAAAAAUAUAUGCCUUCAAUUUCAAGUACCAUGCUGCUAUAAUUAUCAAAGUUUUUCAGACUCUAAGUAAUAAAGACAAAUACAUUCACAAGGUGAAGUUUAUAGGUUUUGUGCAAUGUUCGUCUUGCUGCCCGGCCGUCUGUCAGCGAACGUCAAUUAUGUCGCUGGUAAUGACGCGAGACUAGCAUUUGGAAUAUACUGGCAGUGU